AUGUGCAAAGACUGCAGGAGACCAAAGGAAGACUGGUUGAUAAAAGUAAGCUUCCAUGAUCCAUGUGAGCUUCCAGGAUCCUUUAUCCUUCUUGGGAUCCCAGGCCUACAAGAUUUUCAUGUCUGGAUCGCCAUCCCCUUCUGCUCCAUCUACGUAAUCUCCCUUUUGGGGAACAUUCUUCUUUUGGGGGUCAUCAAGAGUGAGCCAAGCCUCCAUGAGCCCAUGUACUUGUUCCUCUGCAUGGUGGCGGUUGCAGAUCUCACCAUUUCCACCUCCGCUGUACCCAAAAUGCUCAGCAUUUUCUGGUUUCAGGACAGCAGCAUCCGCGCCAACGCCUGUUUAACCCAAAUGUUCUUCAUCCAUUCUGUAUCCACUAUGGAAUCCGGAUUCUUUGCCGCCAUGGCCUUUGAUCGCUACGUGGCCAUAUGCAAUCCUCUGAGGCACUCUGUCAUCUUGACCCACCGGGUCAUCGCUAUGGUGGGCUUGACAAUUUUGGUCCGAGCGACUGUCCUCUUCAGCCCCCACCCCUUUCUCCUCAAGUGGCUCCCCUUUUGCAAAGGCAACACCAUCGCUCACACUUACUGUGAGUUCAUGUCCCUGGUAAAACUGGCAUGUUCCGACACCCGGAUUACCAACAUUUUCAGCUUGACGAUGGCCCUCCUAACGGGAGGCCUGGACUUCCUCUUCAUCGUGACGUCCUAUAUCCUGAUCCUCCAGACGGUGUUCAGGCUUCCCGCCAAGGAGGCCCGAAUGAAAUCUCUCAGCACUUGUGGCUCACACUUCUGUGUGAUCUUGAUAAGCUACACUCCGGCAUUUUUCUCCUUUUUCACUCAUCGCUUUGGCCACGGGAUCACUCCAGGCGUCCACAUCAUCAUUGCCAACAUCUAUGUCCUGGUUCCACCCAUGAUGAAUCCCAUCAUCUAUGGAGCAAGGACAAAGAAGAUCCGGGAAGUUCUACUUCAGACCUUCUGGAUCUCAUUUUCAGAAGACCAAAGAAAGGGAAAGAUUCCCUCCCUCUUUAGGAUUCUUGGAAUCCUAAAACAAUAA